AUGAUUACAAAUUGCCUUGUGUCAAAUGCUUUCACAGAGUAGACCUGAGACUGAUGCCUCUGAGUUUUUACAGCUAAAUAAACACUGGCUGCUUUUUCAGUUGGAUGGCCAGCUCUCCUCAGACUCUGAUUGGUAGAAUGAACACAGAAAGGACCCAUUGAGUGUAACCAGAGGAAUUUAGGGUGCUCAUGCGACUCUGGUAAACAUCUGACCUCUCACUCUACACUCGGUUCCUCCUCUCCUGCUACCUUUCUAUUUCUCCCUUCUCUGCAUGUAUCCUUAAGAGCUGGGUACACUAGAGUGAACUAAAGUUUGUUUGUGGUUGCCGUGAAUAUUCUCCGCCAUGAAGUGGAGGGUGGUGCUAUUUGUUCUUCUUGUUUCUCAUUUGAUCAUUCAGUUUGGCAUGUGCCAAAAGGUUGAACCUGACCCAAAGACCAAAUCUGAGAAGAGAAAUGGCAAGUCUGAGUCUGGGAAGGGAUCAGGAAAGACUCUUGCUUCCAAAACUAGAGUGAAAACCACCCCUGAAACCCCUAAAGAAGCUCAGAUGUACCUCACUCAGGUGGUAAACAAGGGAAGGUUUCAGAAAGUGGCGGACACGCUGACUGUCCGAGCAGGCGAUACGUUAGAGCUGAGGUGUAAAGGAAAUCCUGUCCAGUGGACUGUUCCUGCAUAUCUAGAAGAGGAUGAUGAAGGACGACUUAGGACAGUUCAGCAUGAACGUUAUGGUACACUGAUUUUGGUAAACACAACAGCAGCAGAUACAGGGGAGUUCACCUGCUAUCCCAUGUAUUGUGAGGAUAAAGACUGCAGAAAACAGUAUGACAAAAGUGUCAAAGUCUACAUCUUUUUUUCAGACCCUCAGGAGUUGUUUGUACCUUCUGCUGAGUAUUACGAGGUCAUUCAGCUUCGCACUAACUGGCCCACCGUCCUGCCCUGCCAGGUGACUUCUCCACAAGCAAAGGUGUCUUUACACCAGGAAUUUCCUCCAAUGGAGGUAAAUGUGGACGGACGAGAAAUCUCCUUUGAUGUCAAGAAGGGUUUCACCAUCCACAGACCGAAACAGUAUCAUGCUGGAUCUCUGUACUGCGAGGCAAGCCUGGGAAACCUUCGCCAGAGCUCAACCAAAUACAUGCUCAUCUAUGUCAACUAUCCAGCCGCCCCUCCGUUUCCUGCGAUCCAGGCCUCCUCCGACACUGUGGCAGUGGGACACAAUCUUCAGGUGACAUGCACUGUGAUAGGAGAGCAGGACGUGUUGGUGGAAUUUACCUGGGAAUAUCCUGGACAAAAGAUUGGGCGCCCGCUGUACACCCUGGACAAUGUGCAGACAGUGCAAGUGGAUGGGCAGAACCGACAGAGAACUCAGAUAAUACUGCUGGUGGACGAGGUCAGAGAGGUUGACCAAGGAACAUACACAUGCACAGCUCAAAACCUACAGGGUUCAAGGUCUGCAUCAACCACUGUCAAAGUGCAGUCAGCACAAACCACCACCAAGCCUAAGAAGCCAUGAAGUCCUAUUCAGAGAAAUCCUAUAGAAACCUGAAAACCUGGAUCAUUCCAAUCAGAUAUUCUUAGCUAUAACAUGUUAUACCAAAUGACUGUACAAUAACCAGAACGAUCCUCACAGAACACUGUUUUUUUUCUCUCUCUUUGGAGAAGACACAAGUCAGGUGGAACAGAUCAAAGUGUAAAUAGUGCUUAAAUUAUAUAGUAUGUGCAUUCACAUUGUUUUACUGAACCCUACAACAUAAAAGGGGAUUGUAUACUGUAUAUGUGAGAAUAUAAUUUUAAUUUGAGAAGACAGAAUUUAAAUAUGACAAUUAAAUAUGCAACUAUAGAAAUUCUGGCAUAAAUGGAUAAACAAAAAAUGGAGAGAGGGUUAUGUAUCUGUCUUAGUCUUUGUGACAUUUAACUGUAGGCUAUUUAUAAAUUUCUAAUAUUGUGCAGUUUUGAAUCCUGUACCUACAUGCUUUGAUUUUUUUUUUCAUAAUAUUCAAUAAAACAGUAUUUUCAUGCCAGCUUCU